AUGGUGGCCCGUCUGACAGGGAAGAAAGCCGCCAAGAGAAGGAUGAUAGACGGGGUGCAACUGGAGGGCGGACAGUCCACUAGCCGCUGGGCUGGCAGCGUCAGCGGAGUAGCAAGGCGUGCCUCGCUGCUCAGCCAUCCUCGGGGAAAUGGGCCCAACGUGUCAGUGCCCUCCAUGAGCCCCCUUGGCCGGCAACUGAGGAGGCGCCGGCCCCAGGAGGCUUUUCGGGAAGCCUUGCGGUUGGACAGGUACCUGUUGCUGCACCCGGACUUGCUCCGGUACAUGAAGAACAGGACCCAAGACGACAAGUCUGAAGGGCUCUUCCGAGGGGAGCGCGCCGGUCGCCGGGCCCCGAGCGCGCAGUGCGCGGCCUCCUCGCCGGGGGCUCGAGCGGCGCCUCUGCGCCCCCAGCGCCUCCGCCCGGCGUUGCACUUGCGCUGCGGGAUCCCACAGCCUCUGCCGGCUCCCGAGGGCCUCGUGGCGCUGCGCACCGGCGAGCCGCCCUGGCAGCCGCGCGCGAGCAGGCUGUGCUGCUGCCCACUGUACUUCACCGUCCAGCGGAACCCCCACUUCCGGAGGCUGUUUAAUUUCUCCACCCCAGUGCUGCUGUGGGGGCGCGCCUUCACCCGGGAGCUCUGGAACAGCCUGAGCUGGCACAGAGCCCCCUAUGGCUGGCAGGGGCUCUCCCACCAAGCCAUUGCUUCCACCCUGAACCUCCUGAACGGCUCAGAUAGUGCGGAGCUGUUUGCCACCUCCAAGGAGUCUCUUCCAGACUGCAUCCGGUGUGCUGUGGUGGGUAACGGGGGUAUUCUGAAUGGUUCCCGCCAGGGCCCAAACAUCGACGCCCAUGACUAUGUGUUCAGACUCAAUGGUGCCGUGAUCAAAGGCUUCGAGGACGAUGUGGGCACCAAGACCUCAUUCUAUGGUUUCACUGUGAACACGAUGAAGAACUCUCUCAUCUCCUAUAGGCACCUGGGCUUCACCUCCAUCCCACAGCGACAGGACCUGCGCUACAUCUUCAUCCCCUCUGACAUCCGCGACUACGUGAUGCUGCGGUCAGCCAUUCUGGGUGUGCCUGUCCCCGAGGGCACUGAUAAAGGGGACAGGCCGCAGAUGUAUUUUGGACCAGAAGCCUCUGCCAGUAAAUUCAAGCUGCUCCAUCCAGGCUUCAUCGGCUACCUGACAGAGAGGUUUUUGAAAUCAGAGUUGAUCAACACGAGUUUUCGAGACCUGUAUAUGCCCAGUACUGGUGCCCUCAUGCUGCUGACAGCUUUGCAUACCUGUGACCAGGUUAGUGCCUAUGGAUUCAUCACAAGAAACUACCGGAAAUUUUCUGACCACUAUUUCGACAGAACAAAGAAACCACUGAUCUUCUACGCAAACCACGACCUGCUUCUGGAAGCCGCUCUGUGGAGGGAGCUGCACAAGGCUGGCCUCAUCUGGCUGUACCAGCGCUGA